AUGAUUUCCGGUUAACCAAGAACUCACACCCAAGUCCCAGUCAAUAUUGGUACUUCAGUUAUGGGCCUAAGAUACAAGGAUGGAAUUAUGCUAGCAGCAGAUACAGCUGUAGCUUAUGGAUCAAUGAAGAAGACUAAGCACGCACAAAGAAUGGCAGCAAUCUCAUCAGACACCGCCAUUGCUUGUUCAGGAGAAAUGAGUGACUUCCAAGAACUCCUCAAGAUUUUCAGAGAGAAGCACGACGGUGAUGUCAUUGAGAACGACGGCGCUCUUUUCUUAAAGCCAACUGACUACUUUAACUAUCUGUCUAGAGUCUAGUAUCAAAGAAGAAUGAAGGGAGAUCCACUCUGGAACGGAAGCAUCAUCGGAGGAGUCAGACAAGACUCUGGAGAUGUUUUCCUUGGAAUGGUUGAUUUGUAUGGAACCAAAGUCGAGGGCAACUUCCUAUUGACUGGUCUUGCUGCUCACUACUGUCAAGUGCUUAUGUAAAACUCAUGGCGCGCAGAUCUCACUGAGGCUGAGGCACGUGCUAUUAUAGAAGAUUGCAUGAAAGUCAUGUUCUAUAGAGACAAAAAGGCCUCAGACGAGAUCUAAAUCACAACUAUCACCAAAGAUCAAGGAGUUAAAAUACACGACCCAUAUAGAAUUCAAGGAGAGUGGAACUUCCAGUUCUUCCAUGACAAGACUAAUGAGUUCUGGAGACCAAUUAGAAUUUACAAUAAUUGA